GGUGCCGGAGCUUUCGUAUACCGUUAACAUGGAAGGGUAGAUAACAGCAAUGUCUUCUAGCAUGGUGACCAAGACAUCAAACAUGGCAGGGAAACUUGGUGCGGUCCUGCUUCCACCAUCAAACAACCCUUCAACUUCAACAAAACUUUCUUCCCGUCCAUACCUGAGCUACGCCAUCAUCUCCACAGUCUCGAGUGAUUUGUUGACCCAGUAGAUUAAGUCGAAGUCUCUGAGAAUGUCGGAAGAUAGAGAAAUUACGGUGCUCACCCGCCCUCGCGGCAAACCCAUCCCCCGCCUCCCCGACUCCGUUCCCCUCCCCAUCUCCUCCCCUACCGCCGCCCUCUACACCUCCCUCGCCAAGUCCACCGGCCACACCCCCCACCGCCUCCGCCUCACCAAAGGCAGCGACGGCUCCCCCCUCCCCAACUCCUCCACCACCACCCUCGCCUCCACCGGCCUUCGCGACCGCUCCGUCGUCCACGUCAAAGACCUCGGCCCCCAAAUCGCCUGGCGCACCGUCUUCAUCGUCGAAUACCUCGGCCCUCUCCUCAUCCAUCCCCUCCUCUACUCCCUCCGCCUCUCCCCCGCGUCCCCCUUCGCGCCCGCCGGCGUCCGCGCCUCCGAAUUGCAAACCGCCUCUCUCGCCCUGGUGUGCCUGCAUUUCCUCAAGCGCGAGUGGGAGACCGUCGCCGUGCACCGCUUCUCGGCCGCGACGAUGCCCGCACGCAACAUCGUGAAGAACUCGGGGCACUACUGGCUGCUCUCGGGCCUGCUGGUCGCGUUCUUUACCUACUCGCCGUCGGUGUCGAACCCGAUAUCUGCGGUCGCGGCGCCGGGCGCGAGCGUCUGGGAUCCGCUGCCUCUCGCCGGGAUAGCGCUGUUCGCGGUGGGGGAGGGGCUGAAUCUGGUGACGCAUUUGAAGCUGUCGAAUUUGCGGCCGGCGGGGACGACGACGCGGGGGAUCCCGCGGGGAUUUCCGCUGUUUGAGACGGUGACGUGUCCGAACUAUACGUUCGAGUUGCUGGCGUGGUUGGGGAUGGCGCUGGUGAAUCGGAGCUGGACGACGGUGGUGUUUGCAGUGGUGGCGGGGGCGACGAUGGGGCUGUGGGCGCAGAAGAAGGAGCGGAGAUAUCGGAAGGAGUUUAAGGAGUAUAAGCGGAAGAGGUCGGUGAUGAUUCCGUUCGUGUUCUGA